GAGAGACUACCCAGCUAAACGCUAUGCAGAUUUGCAAGGAAGAUGUGAAUUCUGAUGAAAAAACAAACAUGUUGACUGAUCAAGAAAUCAAGCAAGCCAAUCAAGAAACUGAGAAUCCUAAAAAAAGUAAUGAAGAGAAUUACUACCAAAGAUGUAAAGCAUGGAUCAAGCUUAAUAGAUAUAAGAUCAUUGGUCCACUUUUCAUCGCUUUCGGUGUAUGGUUAAUUAUUCUUACUGUAACUGCAAAUGAGGAGGACAGCCAGCAAAUAUAUGAGAGACCAGCUCCUCCACAAUUUCACCAUUCUUUCUUUUACAUAGAAACAGAGGGUUACACAAAGAGGGAAAUUUUAAAAUGGCAGGAAGAUGCUGACCAGCAUAUAGGUGGUAUGAAAUUGCUUGACGGAACUCACAUUCUUAUCCCCCAAGAUGGGUUAUACAUGAUAAGUUGCAUAGUGCAACUGAAGGUUGAUAAAAAUACGUCUUCACGUUUUGUGACCUUGCUGGCUGAGAUACAGAAAAACGGGAAUAAAGAUAAUAAAAUAACGAAGGAAAGUACCCAUUCCUUAAACAUACCAGAAUAUUCCACAAUGCGCUUACAAUUUACAUCCAAAUGUCAAGCUAAUGAGACAAUCUUUUUCACAAUGGAAGAUGCAAGAUUCAUAAACAAGGAUGCUAAUAGAAGCUACUUGUACAUCACCAGCUUACAUUUAGAUAAUACUGUGAAAUAUAAGCCUUAACUCACAAAUAAAGAAUUUUUAUCCCCCAAUGCCAUAUUUCAGCACUCAUUCUCAUUGCUCAAGAUUAAUGCAUGCGUAUAUAUAUGUGUGUGUAUAUAUGUGUGUGUAUAUGUGUGUAUGUGUGUGUGUGUGUACAUACAUAUCAGGCAUGUGCUAUCUAUAAUUACUCAGGGUAGGCAGUUGAAUGACGUUUAUGCAGUAAAACACACAAAAGAUAAGCAAAACACAGCCGCGUGACUGAGUUGAAGGCAGAUAUUUACUUCUGCCUUUAUAGCGCGUAAAGAAAACGUUGUUGUAGGAAUGUACGCAGCACAUGUACUACAGAAGUACUAUGUGUAGCUUUAAUACUGAGCAAAUUAUGCCUACUUAUUCUAUAAAAAAAAUAUAUUUUGUAUUUUAUGCAUAGUAAUCAGAGUAACCUUCAUAAUUUUAUUGAAUUAGGUGCAUAUUCUGCCAUAAAAGGAAAAUGUUACUAUCGAUCUAUUUUAUUCAAGGCAAGCACUACCUACCUUGGCUACCUAGGCGGCAUGUCCCUGAUACACACACACACACACACACACACACGCACACGCACAUACAUUCUUUUAUUCCUUUAUUAUUUAACCUGUUUCAGUUAUCAGUAUACGCCCAUGCUGGGGCACUGCUUUGAAGAAUUUUAGUCGAACAAAUUAACCCCAGUGCUUAUCUUUUAAGUUUGGUAUUGUAACAUUAAAUGAUUAUAUUCCAAGAUACUUCUAUAAUGGAAGCAUGUGUUGGUUUCUUGUAUGAUGUAAUCCUGGAUUAAAGAUGUGUUUUUCUUCAUUCUA